AUGAGAGGUGCCGUGCUAAUCUUCAUCAUGCUCCUCCUAGCAACUGUGUCUGAGUGUGCCGUGAUCACAGGGGCCUGUGAACUAGAUAUCCAGUGUGGAGCUGGCACCUGCUGUGCUAUCAGCCUGUGGCUGCGGGGCCUGCGGCUGUGUACCCCACUGGGGCGGGAAGGAGAGGAGUGCCACCCAGGAAGCCACAAGAUCCCCUUCUUUAGGAAACGCCAACACCAUACCUGUCCCUGCUCACCCAGCCUGGUGUGCUCUAGGUUCCUGGAUGGCAGGUACCGCUGCUCCCGGGACUUGAAGAAUGUCAACUUUUAG